AUGGAGCAGGGAAGCCCUUGUGCCUUGGACACCGUGAUGGGGAACCUCAUCGAUGGCUUGGGUGGUACCAGCCUCUCACCCAGCGAGCUCAGCGCCAUGAACAUCACCACAGCAGACUUGGAGGCCAUGGCGAAGGAGGCCAUGAUGACUCGAGUGGGCGAGAUUGCUCUGCAGUUCAUUGCGAUUGGCGGAGGUGUCCUGGUGGCAGCGGCCAUGCAGGGCUUUGGCUUCUCCUGGUUCACUGCACACCAGGUGGCCAAGAUGCGACCCCUGUACUUGGAUGCCAUGCUGCAUCGAGAUGUUGGCUGGUUUGACACUCAUUCGGUGGGAGCCCUCCCAGGUGAGAUGGCCUCAGACUUGGAGCAAUUCCAAGAAGGCUUCGGAGCUCAUUUGGGCGUGGCUCUGAUGUCCUUCUCUGGCUUGUUCACCGGCUUGGCCGUGGGCUUCAGUCUGUCCUGGCAGAUCUCCUUGUUGAUGUUGGCCACCUUGCCGUUGAUGGCACUCGGCGCCUUGAUCAUGGCCACCUCCGUGCGCGAUGCCAUGAAAGAAGUGCAAGGGCCCUAUGAAAAGGCUGCAGCCUUGGCGGAUGAAGUGCUCUAUGCCAUCCGCACGGUGCUGCGCUACGUCGACAGGGGCGGGAGCUGGCCCGCUAUCGCACCGCGACGGACCUCGCCAAGCGAGGAGGUCUGA